AUGAAGGUCUUUCCGCUCCUUCUGACGGUCAUCACAUUCCUCCUUUGCACGGGUGCCGUUCCUUGUACCCCCAAGAAACCGCCUGCAAAGUGCCCCAAUCUCGUUCGAAAUGCAUCCUUUGGUGGGAAGGGCAACAAGCCCUGGCGCUACCUCGGUAAGGGCGCGAGCGCCAUAAAGAGCCACAUAAACAAAGAAUGGGGCAAAAACGGCUACACUUCGCUCGUCUUCGACAUCACCAGAACCGACCAACGCCCCUAUGCCUUCCAAGGUGUCGUAGGCGUUCUCCCGGAUAAGAACUAUGGGGUCCGAUACUCCUACAAGGUGCUGAACGGCGCACCUAAGCCAGGCGAUGAGUGCAAACUCAGAGUGCAGAUCGGCCAGGCCUUUAGGGAGGACGCUAUUGAGGGGGCGUUCAUCAAGGGGAACUGGACAGACCUGGAUUUCAAGUUCACGGCAACGAACGUCGAGCCCACCGUCCAGUUGUCGGCUCGCUGCGAGAAAAGCACCGAGAAUGGUGUGCAAAUCGCUGUUGACGACAUCAUCGUGCGCGAGGUGACAGAGGAUUGUCCGGCUUAA